AUGAUCCAGCGUCGCAUCCACCGAUGCAACCCUGCCACUGCAGCUUUGCUGCUUCAUCUGUGUCUUAACUUCCCACCCUCUGUGGCCACUUGCCCACCCUACUGCCUUUGUGCCAGUGAUAUAAUUUCCUGCAGUGGCCGCAAUCUGUCUGUGCUACCCUUUGAUCUCCCAAGCUAUGCCACACGGCUGGACCUGAGCCACAAUGCUGUCACUGCCCUGCCAACGGAUUGGAUUCCUGAACCAUUCGAUCGACUUGCUACACUCGUUCUCAGCCGAAACUCCAUAAGCCGAAUUGAAGUGAAUGCUUUCACUGUCAUGCCACAUCUCCUCCACCUGGACCUCUCAUCCAACCGACUAACAGUGCUGAACUUGUCCCUCUUCACAGGGUUGAAUGAACUGAAAGAGCUGCUGCUGUUUGACAACCAGAUUGUCCAGAUCAACCCAGGGGCCUUCAGUGAUCUGUACAGCCUGCAGAGGCUCUACCUCUCUGGGAACAGACUGACGGCUUUUCCGGUGGGGCUUUAUUGUGAACAUGAAGGGCCUCUUAACCUGACCUUUCUGGAUCUAUCCUACAACAACCUUUCUAAGGUGCCUGUCCAGAGUAUGCUGUCUCUCACUCGUCAAGGUGCAAUUUAUUUGCAGGAAAACCCUUUGGUCUGUGAUUGUGCUUUACUCGCCUUGCUUGAGUACUGGAUGUGGAAACAGUAUCGCCCCCUGGUGGACUUCAGAGGAGAAUACCCAUGUAGAGACGAUUCAGGACCAGGGCCUAUUUGUAGCCAGCACGGAGUGUUGGACAUGCCCCUUGAGUCACAGACGUACCAAGAGGUGCCUGGUAAAUGGCUGAGCGUGCCAUGUCCAGGGUUGGCUUCAUCAGACCAGCAGGGGCUGGAGGUGUUCUGGGUUACCCCAAGGACUGUAGUCAAUUCAUCAACCAAAGAUCCGAGUUCCGAAUUAAUAGUUCUCCCCAGUGGCACCCUUGAAAUCCGAGGAGCCCUCAUGGAGGAUUCUGGUACGUAUGGGUGCGUGGCAGCCCGCCGGCGACACUAUGACACCUAUGAGUCUGUGGAGGUCAAUGUGGUAGUCAGAAACUUGGGCACUGCCUCCACCAGUGGCUUGGCGUAUCACAGUGGCGCAGAGCAUUUCACCACUGCGUUCACCACCCUUGCUUCCUGUGUGGUCAGCAUCAUAUUGGUACUGCUUUACUUAUACCUCACCCCUUGUAGGUGCAAAGAAAACCAGGUUGGGUUGAGAGGGUGUGGCGGAGGAGCUAUCGUCCUCUGUUCAGAUCCCAGAGACAUACAGUCAGGACAGCGGCGGUCAAAUGGAAGGAGGGUGGCUUUCUUAGUGCCUCAGGCAGAGGAUUCUGAUAUUGGCGGCUGUAAAACACCAAUAAUUAACUCGGGUCAUGUUGCCCGGGAGGGAAUUCUCAAGAGUGGAAGUAGGACAGUGGGGCAGACACUUACAGACCAGGCUCACUUGGCAUAGCAAGAAAAUUACCUUUUACACACUCCUGUAUUUGUACAGUCUGAACCCAAGUGUUUUUUUUUACUGUCUUGUUUCAAUACACAAUGAAAAAAAUCCAUUUGAUGUGAAGUAUUGU